AUGCAAGUCCGGUGCAUAAGUACAAAGGGCUGGCUCAGAUAUUUGAUGGUGAACCGUGCGUGUUCAACAGCAGCAUCAGAAAGAUUCAACGAGUUCCCAUUGUUUUCCUCAUUCCCAGUUGAAAUACAGUGUCGGAUUUUCAAAGAAGCUUUCCCCGACCCAGAAAUCGUAUAUUGGGAUUUUGAUGUAACCGCACAUAGAGGGCAAGAUAACUCACAUGCAGAGGUCUUCCGGAAUUACGAAAAAAUCGAGAUAAAUUUCCCUACCCCUGUGGCUUUCCAUAGUUGCAAUCAAUCUGAUUGUUCCAGGUAUCUUCGAAAGACUGUUGAUACUCUCUUAGUGAGCUUUAUCAAUUUGGUAUCAUUGAAUAGGGAGGGAGGAAGCAUGCCGUUGAAUAACAUCACAUACCUUGCUUUAGAUCUUGAUUUCGAUCCUCCCUCAUAUAUGCGUGUUUAUGCCAAGCUCUACAUUUCAAUCAGCAUCCACUGUCCGGCUUUGAGCACAUUGUAUUUUGUUUUUGAUUACGGUCCGGAUCGAGCAGAUUGGUACGCUACCGAAUACCGGCAACUUGUUGAUAUUAGUGAAGGCUGUGUGGAUCUAGACUGGGAAUUUCCGAGAUUGAAACAAUCCUUGAAGAAACGAUUUCGAAAUCCACCUUAUCCGAACCACAUUGCGUAUAUACACACAGCAUUGGAAGAUCUCAAAUACAUUGACAGAGAAUCCAAACAUCUCUCAAAGAGCUUUCAUCGCUUCAUAAAUACCACAGAGAACGACAUGUGGGAUAAGCCUGGGGAAGAAACACUAAAGUACUGGGAGAAUAUCAGAUCGACUCCAGUGUUAAUGCUGAGAUGCCUAGACCAUUUUCAGGCGAGUCCCUGUUCUUGCAAGUCCGAGUAUCCGGAGCUCUAUUCAAGACAUAAUGAGAUUUAUCUAGGAAUCCGCAAGGAUGGAACGCCCAUGCACAUGUACACGGGUUUGAGGCAAAUCUUUGAUGGGGAACCGUGGUAG